CCCCGCACCCUAUAUCCCAGCCGGCUCUGCUCGGUGCCACUCCAGCUUUCCUCGGAGGUUCCUGGCCGAGGCCUCUCGCUCUCAGCGGCCCUGUCUUCCUGAUUGCAUGGCUCCGAUGCUCGCCUCAGAGACUCCGGGUUGCCGUCAGGGAUGCUCUGCAGCGCCAAGGGGACUAAUUCCCGGUAUAAAGACAAGCUGCCCUCCAUCGCUUGACGGGAGGAGACCUUACUGACCAGGCAUCUCGUCUCAGUCUGAAGUUGUUUGUUGUUGCCCAACAUGAAGUUCUCGCAGUCUGCCGCCCUGGCCUUCGCGGCUACGGCCAUCGCCGCUCCUUCUCCCACAACUCCUCAGCAACCCCGGCAGGCUUCUGCAGGCUGUUCGUCUGCCGUCACCCUCGAUGCUAGCACCAACGUGUUCAAGAGGUACACGCUCCAUGCCAACAGCUUCUACCGCGCAGAGGUCGAGGCGGCCGUCCAGCAAAUGUCGGACUCCAGCCUUGCCGCCGCUGCUGCCAAGGUUGCCGAUGUUGGCAGCUUCCUGUGGCUCGACUCCAUUGCAAACAUUGCCAAGCUGGAGCCCGCGCUUCAGGAUGUCCCCUGCGACCAUAUCCUGGGUCUCGUCAUCUACGACCUUCCCGGCCGUGACUGCGCCGCCAAGGCCUCCAACGGCGAGCUCAAGGUUGGCGAGCUGAGCCGGUACAAGACCGAGUACAUCGACAAGAUUGUCUCGAUCAUCAAGGCGCACCCCAACACGGCCUUUGCCCUCGUCAUCGAGCCCGACUCGCUCCCCAACCUGGUCACCAACAGCGACCUGCAAACCUGCCAGCAGAGCGCUUCUGGCUACCGCGAGGGUGUUGCCUACGCGCUCAGGCAGCUCAACCUUCCCAACGUCAUCAUGUACCUCGAUGCCGGCCACGGCGGCUGGCUCGGCUGGGACGCCAACCUCAAGCCCGGCGCUGAGGAACUCGCCAAGGCAUACAAGAACGCCGGUAGCCCGAAGCAGCUCCGUGGUUUUGCCACCAAUGUGGCUGGCUGGAACUCCUGGGACAUGAGCCCCGGCGAGUUCUCGACCAAGUCGGACGCCAAGUACAACCAGUGCCAGAACGAAAAGACGUACGUGAGCACCUUCGGCAACUCCCUGCGGUCGGCGGGCAUGCCCAACCACGCCAUUGUCGACACGGGCCGCAACGCGGUGCAGGGCCUGCGCGAGGAGUGGGGCAACUGGUGCAACAUCAACGGCGCCGGGUUCGGGCAGCGCUUCACGACCAACACGGGCCUCGAGCUGGCCGACGCCUUUGUCUGGGUCAAGCCCGGCGGCGAGUCGGACGGCACCAGCGACCCGUCGGCCGCCCGCUACGACAGCUUCUGCGGCAAGACCGAGUCCUUCAAGCCCUCGCCCGAGGCCGGCCAGUGGAACCAGGCCUACUUUGAGAUGCUCCUCAAGAACGCCAAGCCGCCUUUCUAAACGAGAGUCGGUUUUGCGUGCGGUGUGUCGGGUUGCCUCGUUUCGAGGAUGGUGUUCCGCGUCGGAGAAGAAAGAAAAUAGGGGACAGGAAAAAGAGACUGGAUCGGUAACAAGUGAGCCGCCCUGGCGCUCUGUUGCUUGGAAAAUUGUCGCCGUACCUUGGCUGCCUACCUGCCAUAUCCCCUUUUGGUGUAGCAGUGUCAAACGGUUGUAUAUAGCAACGGUGUUGUGGAAAUUGUUGGUUGUGCCAAUAUCGAAGUAAGCUGUGAUCUUUCCAAGCACUGAUGCUUCUGCAUCCAUACAUACGCCGUACUUGAACCACCGUAUCCUGGAUGCGAGAAAUGAGAGGAUGUCUUUUGGACAGACGAGGUGAAGAGGUGAUGUUGCGAACUAGUCUGCCAGAGUUAGGGUGAGAUAUCAAUCCCCUUUGACGUCAAACACAAUUCGAACCAGUCCCAAAGUAGGGCGAAUAGCCCCAUUGCG